AUGGCUCCCAGGGUUGCUAUCGUCUUCUACUCGAUGUACGGGCACAUCUUGAAAUUAGCCGCGGCAGAAAAGAAGGGCAUUGAGUCCGCAGGUGGCACGGUGGACAUUUUCCAGGUCGCUGAGACACUUGGCAGUGACAUCCUUGCGAAAAUGCAUGCUCCUGCUAAGUCAAGCUACCCCGUUGCUGAGCCUGCGAAGCUCCUCGAAUACGAUGCCAUUCUUUUCGGCAUUCCUACCCGCUACGGCAACUUCCCCGCUCAAUGGAAGGCUUUCUGGGACAGAACUGGCGGUAUUUGGGCCUCUGGUGGCUACUGGGGCAAGUAUGCGGGCGUCUUCGUUUCUACCGGUACACAGGGUGGUGGACAAGAAUCGACAGCGCUUGCCACUAUGAGUACCCUCAGUCACCACGGCUUCAUUUACGUCCCUCUGGGCUAUAAGACUGUGUUCCCCUUGUUGUCCAACCUGGAUGAAGUCCACGGUGGUAGUCCCUGGGGUGCAGGCACCUUUGCUGCGGCAGACGGCUCUCGUCAGCCAACUGACCUUGAGUUGGAGAUUGCUGAGGCUCAGGGAAAGGCUUUCUACGAGGCUGUGUCCAAGGUCCAGCAUGCAUGA